AUGGGGAUACCCUUGGACAAGGCUGAAUUCCUGGCUCUCUUCUUAGAAACUUUCGCGUACGGUAUCUUUUUCGCAUUGUGCUGGAUCACAAUCUUCACCGUAUUCUGGAAGCGCAAAGAAAAACCCUCUGUCGGGCGUUUGCUCCUCCCAGUGGCUUUGAUGAUGCUCGUUUUUGCAACUGCGCACCUCGUCAUCGACUUUGUUAGAGCUAUCGAUGCAUUCGUGAUGCAGGGAACCAUGGACGGUGGGGCUAGCAGCUACUUCGGUAACCUGUCUAGUCCAACAAUCAUAGCCAAGACAGUGUUAUAUUGGGCUCAGACAUUGCUCAAUGAUAGCAUAAUUAUAUGGCGCUGCUAUGUCAUAUACGGGAAACGAUUCAGAGUGAUCAUUCCCCCGAUUCUAUUUUUAUUUCCCGCCUUCGUCGCUGGAAUAAUGACUAUGUACUUAUUCAGACAUUCUGCACCGGGCGAUACCGUCUUCGCGACCUCGCAUCCCAAUACCAUAGUGUGGUUCUCUGUGACCAUAGCAAUCAACGUCUAUUGUACCACCAUGAUAUCAUGGCGCAUCUACUCUACAGGUCGACUCCGGUCGAGUAUUGGCAUGAACAUGAGCAGUCUCUUCCCAGUCAUGUUCGUGUUCAUCGAAAGCGGCGCGCUCAUAACUUCCGGCGCCAUCGCUUUUCUUUGUGCGUUUCUCACCUAUUCGAACGGUCAGUACCCGGCCAUGGAUAUUCUGAGCCCUCUUGGGGGAAUUGUAUUCUGCCUCAUUAUUUUGCAAGUGCGGUUUCAGACGAACCUGUUUUCGGGCCCAUCAGAAGUCACAACUCCGUCGUGUCGCAGUUCGAUUCGCUGGGAAAGUCGCUCAAGUGCACCCCCGCAAAGCCGACAUGUGGGGCAUUUGGCCAUUAACUCAAUACCGAGUGUAAUAUCUGUCGAAAACAUGACGCAUACAGACAGCACUGAUGAGGGUUCGGAGACGACAUUGAAGAAUGAUAGGGUAGAAGUUGAGGGUGGAAUUGUGUAACAGGUUAUGAGUCUUAUGCCUGAGGACGCCAGUCGGGACAAUGCAUUCGCGCCUGUGAUAUCACUUUGAUAGACUUCAAUACAAAACGGAAAAUCGUUUAGAGGUGC